CAAGGAAUUGUGAUGUGCGCGCUUGCGGCUCAAGCUUCUGGCACAUCGUGAGGCCUGCCGUGAUCGCUGUCGUGACGUAGAUCUCACUGGGUGAUCGCUGUUGCGGGGCGAUCAUCCAGCCCGCUUACCACAAACGGCUGACACCUCCAACCACCACAAUACGUAACCACAGAUCUAUGCCAUACAUAGCUGUGGCUUGCACCAUCCACGGAUAUGUCGGGCUGGUUCACUCUGUUCACCAACUGUCGUUACGUCCUCGACGGCCAGCUCGUCGAUGAUCAUCUCGUUAUCUCGGAUGAAACGGGGCUGAUAUUGAAAAGAGAUGGCUACAUUGGAGGUGAAGCUGUUGACCUGGACGAUAACAUAAUUGCUCCUGGGUUUCUGGAGUUGCACACCAAUGGCGCCAAUGGCUUCCACUUUACUCACUUCGAGGAUGAACAGAGCUAUGGCAGGAAGGUAGACGACAUUGCCAGGUACUAUGCAACCCAAGGCGUCACUGGCUUUUGGGCGACGAUACCCACUGUAAAGGGAGAGGAGUUUCAAAGGAUAUUACCCUCUCUUGCGCCCCGUGACAUCUCUAGAUCUGCUUCUCUGCUUGGUGCACACGUGGAGGGACCAUACUUGCACCCCACGAAGAAAGGCGCGCACAAUUCCUCUCUCUUCCAGGCAUGCAACACCUCGACGUCCUCUAUCUAUGGCACCUCGAACCUCAUAUCCUCUAUCAAGCUAGCCACCGUCGCCCCUGAGCUGCCCGACUCCUCCAAAAUGAUCACAGAUCUGACUUCCCGCGGCAUCCGCGUGUCGAUGGGCCACUCCACCGCCUCUCUGAGCGACGGCCUCUCUGGCCUAAAAGCAGGUGCAACAUGCCUAACUCACACCCUUAAUGCCAUGCCACCAUUUGGAUCCCGCGACCCCGGUCUCGCAGGCCUCAUCACUCUCCCAUCCGCACACAGCCCCGCGCCGCCAUACUACACCAUCAUCGCCGACGGCGAGCACUUGCACCCAAACACCGUGUCCCUGCUCUAUCGCUCCAACCCCAAGCGCGCCAUUACUAUCACGGAUAGCAUUGAGCUCGCCUCCCUGCCAGACGGUAACCACCCGGGGCAUGCGCAGAUUCCGUUUGAGCAAACGAAGAAAGGCACGCGGGCGACGAUUGCGGGCACGGACACGCUGAUCGGAGGGUGCAUUCCGCUGCAGGAGAGUGUUCGGAAUCUGAUGGCGUGGAGUGGGUGUGGGAUUGCAGAGGCGGUGCGGACUGUGACAGAGAAUGUUGCAGGGCUCAUGGGCCUUGAUGAGCAGGGCGGCAGGGGAGUGCUGCGGGAGGGGCGGAGGGCGGAUCUGACGGUGCUGAGUGAGAGCGGAGAGGUCCUGCAGACUUGGAUUGCGGGGCACAAGGUUUGGGAUAGGGAGGAGGAUGUGAGUCUGGCGGAGGACGACAAGGAGAGGAGAGGUUAGCCGUGUAGGGUAUGGUGUAGAUGGGGAACUCGACGAUAGAGGCGUUCGCAGAUUCCGUUAGACUAGGGUAGCAAUUUGAAUACAUACACUUUG